GAACAGCAUGGCCUUAGGAGGAAAAUUUGAGACAGGACACUACCACUACCACUCAGCAGGAAAGGAAAAGUCCCUGCUGGGAAGGGAGGAAAACACCAGGAGUCUCCGUUUGCUCCUCCUCUGGCCUAGACAGGAUUUAAACCCAGGGAGGGAAGCCAAGGAGAGACGAGAACAAGGGACGACCAGCAAGUACCAAGGUCUGCGGCAGGAGGAGACCGGCUCACAGGAGCAGCAGCGUUGGAAGAGGCACCCAGCAGCCUCCCAGGCAUCCUGGAGGGUCUGCUCCCUGUCUUUCCAAGGAUGAGUCUCCAGGAGAUGUUCCGCUUCCCCUUGGGGCUCCUGCUUGGCUCUGUGCUCCUGGUGGCUUCGGCCCCAGCCACUCUGGAGCCUCCCAGCUGCAACAACAAGGAGCAACAGGUCACUGUCAGCCACACCUACAAGAUCGAUGUGCCUAAGUCUGCCUUGGUUCAGGUGGAGGCUGACCCUCAGCCCCUCAGUGACGAUGGGGCUUCGCUUUUGGCCCUGGGUGAGGCCGGGGAGGAACAGAACAUCAUCUUCAGGCACAACAUCCGCCUUCAGACGCCACAGAAGGACUGCGAGUUGGCAGGCAGUGUCCAGGACCUCCUGGCCCGGGUGAAAAAGCUGGAGGAAGAGAUGGUGGAGAUGAAGGAACAGUGUAGUGCCCAGCGCUGCUGCCAGGGAGCUACUGAUCUGAGCCGCCGCUGCAGCGGCCACGGGACCUUCUCCCUGGAGACCUGCAGCUGCCACUGCGAGGAGGGCAGGGAGGGCCCCGCCUGCGAGCAGCUGGCUUGCCCUGGGGCGUGCAGCGGCCACGGGCGUUGCGUGGACGGGCGCUGCCUGUGCCACGAGCCCUACGUGGGUGCCGACUGCGGCUACCCGGCCUGCCCUGAGAACUGCAGCGGGCACGGCGAGUGCGUGCGCGGCGUGUGCCAGUGCCACGAAGACUUCACGUCUGAGGACUGCAGCGAGCGACGCUGUCCCGGCGACUGCAGCGGCCACGGCUUCUGCGACACGGGCGAGUGCUACUGCGAGGAGGGCUUCACAGGCCUGGACUGUGCCCAAGUGGUCGCCCCACAGGGCCUGCAGCUGCUCAAGAGCACGGAGGAUUCUCUGCUGGUGAGCUGGGAGCCCUCCAGCCAGGUGGAUCACUAUUUCCUCAACUACUACCCCCUGGGGAAGGAGCUGUCUGGGAAGCAGAUCCGAGUGCCCAAGGAGCAACACAGCUACGAGAUUCUCGGUUUGCUGCCUGGAACCAAAUACAUAGUCACCCUGCGUAACGUCAAGAAAGACAUUUUUAGCAGCCCACAGCAUCUACUUGCCACCACGGACCUCGCUGUGCUUGGCACUGCCUGGGUGACAGAGGAGACUGAGCACUCCCUCGACGUGGAGUGGGAAAACCCCUCGACCGAGGUGGACUACUACAAGCUGCGAUACGGCCCCAUGACAGGGCAGGAGGUAACUGAGGUCACUGUGCCAAAGAGCAGUGACCCCAAGAGCCGAUAUGACAUCACUGAAAUUGACAGUCCAACCAAUGUUGUCACGGAUCGAGUGACUGAAGACACAGCAACUGUCUCCUGGGAACCAGUGCAGGCUGUCAUAGACAAGUAUGUGGUGCGCUACACCUCUGCUGAUGGGGACACCAAGGAAAUAGCAGUGCACAAGGAUGAGAGCAGCACUGUCCUGACGGGCUUGAAGCCAGGAGAGGCAUACAAGGUCUACGUAUGGGCUGAAAGGGGCAACCAGGGGAGCAAGAAAGCUGACACCAACGCCCUCACAGAAAUUGACAGCCCAGCAAACCUGGUGACUGACCGGGUGACUGAGAAUACUGCCACCAUCUCCUGGGACCCGGUGCAGGCCACCAUUGACAAGUACGUGGUGCGCUACACCUCUGCUGACAACCAAGAGACCAGAGAGGUUCCGGUGGGGAAGGAGCAGAGCAGCACUGUCCUGACAGGCCUGAGGCCAGGUGUGGAGUACACAGUGCACGUCUGGGCCCAGAAAGGGGACCGAGAGAGCAAGAAGGCCAACACCAACGCCCCAACGGACAUUGACAGCCCCAAAAACCUGGUGACUGACCGGGUAACAGAGAAUAUGGCCACUGUCUCCUGGGACCCGGUGCAGGCCACCAUUGACAAGUACAUGGUGCGCUACACCUCUGCGGAUGGAGAGACCAGGGAGGUUCCGGUGGGGAAGGAGCACAGCAGCACCAUCCUGACGGGCCUGAGACCGGGCAUGGAGUACAUGGUGCACGUGUGGGCCCAGAAGGGGGACCAGGAGAGCAAGAAGACCGACACCAAGGCCCAGACAGACAUUGACAGCCCCCAAAACCUGGUGACUGACUGGGUGACAGAGAAUAUGGCCACUGUCUCCUGGGACCCAGUGCAGGCCACUAUUGACAGGUAUGUGGUGCGCUACACCUCUGCCAAGGACGGAGAGACCAGGGAGGUUCCGGUGGGGAAGGAGCAGAACAGCACUGUCCUGACAGGCCUGAGGCCUGGUGUGGAGUACACGGUGCACGUGUGGGCCCAGAAGGGGGCCCAGGAGAGCAAGAAGGCUGACACCAAGGCCCAGACAGACAUUGACAGCCCCAAAAACCUGGUCACUGACCGGGUGACAGAGAAUACAGCCACUGUCUCCUGGGACCUGGUGCAGGCCACCAUUGACAGGUAUGUGGUGCGCUACACAUCUGCCAAUGGAGAGACCAGGGAGGUUCCAGUGGGGAAGGAGCAGAGCAGCACCGUCCUGACGGGCCUGAGGCCGGGCGUGGAGUACACGGUGCACGUGUGGGCCCAGAAGGGGAACCAGGAGAGCAAGAAGGCUGACACCAAGGCCCAGACAGAAAUUGACAGCCCCAAAAACCUGAUGACUGACCGGGUGACAGAGAAUAUGGCCACUGUCUCCUGGGACCCGGUGCAGGCCACCAUUGACAAGUAUGUGGUGCGCUACACCUCUGCGGAUGGAGAGACCAGGGAGGUUCCGGUGGGGAAGGAGCACAGCAGCACCGUCCUGACGGGCCUGAGACCGGGCAUGGAGUACAUGGUGCACGUGUGGGCCCAGAAGGGGGACCAGGAGAGCAAGAAGACCGACACCAAGGCCCAGACAGAAAUUGACCCUCCCAGAAACCUUCGUCCAUCUGCUGUAACGCAGUCUGAUGGCGUAUUGACCUGGACACCCCCCUCUGCUCAGAUCCAUGGCUACAUUCUGACCUACCAGUUCCCAGACGGCACAGUUAAGGAGAUACAGCUGGGACGAGAAGACCAGAGGUUUGAGUUGCAAGGCCUGGAGCAAGGUGCCACCUACCCUGUCUCCCUUGUUGCCUUUAAGGGUGGUCUCCGGAGCAGAAAUGUAUCCACCACCCUCUCCACAGUUGGUGCCCGUUUCCCACACCCUUCGGACUGCAGUCAGGUUCAGCAGAACAGCAAUGCCGCCAGUGGUCUGUACACCAUCUACCUGCACGGCGAUGCCAGCCGGCCCCUGCAGGUGUACUGCGACAUGGACACGGACGGAGGUGGCUGGAUUGUCUUCCAGAGGCGGAACACUGGGCAGCUGGAUUUCUUCAAGCGAUGGAGGACCUAUGUGGAAGGCUUUGGGGACCCCACGAAGGAGUUCUGGCUUGGACUUGACAAGCUACACAACCUCACCACCGGCACUCCAACGCGGUAUGAGGUGAGAGUGGAUUUACAGACUGCCAAUGAAUCCGCCUAUGCUAUAUAUGAUUUCUUCCAAGUGGCCUCCAGCAAGGAGCGGUAUAAGCUGACAGUUGGGAAAUACAGAGGCACAGCGGGGGAUGCUCUUUCUUACCACAAUGGAUGGAAGUUUACAACUUUCGACAGAGACAACGAUAUUGCACUUAGCAACUGUGCCCUGACACAUCAUGGUGGCUGGUGGUAUAAGAACUGCCACUUGGCCAACCCCAAUGGCAGAUAUGGGGAGACCAAGCACAGUGAGGGGGUGAACUGGGAGCCUUGGAAAGGACAUGAAUUCUCCAUUCCUUACGUGGAGUUGAAAAUCCGCCCUCAUGGCUACAGCAAGGAGCCUGUCCUGGGCAGAAAGAAGCGGACGCUGGGAGGAAGGCUGCGAACGUUCUGAUGGCCCGUGUGAGCAGUCCUUGCAGGAGACAACACCAGCUGUGGGAGCUUGGGGCGGGGUGGGUAGUGGUGACUGGGGUCUGGGAGUGCUCAGAGCCUCUGGGUUCUGGGAUCGCCUGAUAGCCCAGAGAACAAAUCAUGUUACCAAGCUUCAAGCCAUGGAGGUUCCUUCCCUCUCACCUGCAUUUUUGCCCGUCUUUAUGAGGGUCUUGAAAAUCAAAACAGUAGUUACACAGUAUGCGUAGGAAAGACAGGACUGGGAUGGCAAGGUUUCUCAGCUUAUCUUCGGCAACAAAUAUACUGGAUUAGGGCAAGAGAAGGAAUCACCCAACACUUCACCAAUUGGAAAUCUCUGGAAAUUUACAUCUAUGUAUUAAAGCUCUGCUAAUGCAAAUCUUUUCUCUGGAAAGAAGCACAGAAGGGGGGUUCUCAUGACCCAGGGGUUAGGGCUGAGGCAACCGAACGUUUGUCAACUCCUUUCCCACUGGGUUUUUAGGAAAACAGUGUGAACCUCCCCCUUUUAAUUUCUGGUGUUAUGAGGAAGAAUAAAGGGAAUAAAAGGGGCUAAGAUGGACUUACGUUUAGCUAAGUUCUGACUAGUAUCCAGCAUGCUGGAGACCAAAACUGCCGCCUUACUGCUAUUUUUAAGCGCCCUCUUUUCAGUCAUUUGCAUAAUUGCAUCCAUAGAACUGCAUAUGUUGUGAAUAAAUUCUCACUCAUUUCAACUUUGAA